AUGAAUAGUUUCAUAGCACCACAUGCUGUUGCACAAUUAUCAUUAGCAAAUCCAUGGCCAACAAGAGAAAUGAGUGGAGUUGAGGUUUUGGUUGAACAUACAUUUCCAUAUGACUUAAAACAAUUUCUACCGGUACCAAAAGCAAGUGAUAUGAAUGUGAAUGUGGAACAUCCUCCGUCGAUAUUGAUUCGUCACACUCUUCAUAUAUUAUGGAUAACAGAUGAUAAAAACACUGAAACUGUGGAUAAUCUUAUUAAAGAUAUUCAAAACUCACUAAACACUCCUAAACUAUUAACACAUAUGGGUUGUGAACAUAAACUAGAUGUCUUUCAAACCAUUGAAGAAGCUCAACAAUGGCUUAAAACUAAUCAAGAACUAAUUCGACAACCACAUAUCAGAUUUAAAGUUGUUACUUCAUGGACAAUACAAAAAGAUAAAACAGCUAUUGAUGUUAUUCGUGCUGUUCGUGCAGAAUUAGCACGUGUACCUGUAUUGAUUUUUACAAACAAGCAUGAUGAGAUACAAGCAGCACUUGAAUUUCCUAAUGUUAUUGUGACAGAUAAAGAAUUCGAAGUGAAAGAAUUUGUUGGAAUUAAACAAGAAACACUAUGGAACACAGGUUGUCGUGUAUCACACAAAGAUGACACACCACAACCGCCGGUUAUAGUAAGCCAUGAACACGAAGGAAAACCAGACAAUUCUUCAACAUUGCCAUAUCCAUCAGAAGAUAAUGCAUGGCAUACAAAUGGAUCAGGUUUUCCUCCUCUGCCUGUAUCUGAUUUUUUUCCAGCACCUGCACGUACAUCAUCGCAGUCGAGUUCCCUAACGUCUGAUGCAUCAAGAACUCCUCCGUUAAAGCCAAUGUUAUUUUGGAUUGAUUUACCUGAAAAUGACAUAAAAACAGUCAGAGAAAUUCAAAAACAUCAUCCAACAUUAGAAAUAAUCUUUAAAUCAACAUAUAAAGAUGCUGAAGAAUAUUUAACUAACAAUUUACGCGAAAUACAAAAACGAGAAAUAUUUUUUACAAUAUGUCGCGGUUAUUUUGCACAAGAGAAAAAAAGUUUUACUGAUGUUGCUCAGCUUUUUCAAAAUCUGAGUAUUGGAACCAUACCUCUUGGAGUUUAUACAAGCAGUAAAACAAAUUUAUUAAAAUACAUGCCAAAUCCUCCAAAAAGUGUUAACAUUUUUGAUAAACAACCUGCUUUACUCACUUUUGUAGAUGAUUGUUUAAAACUAAAAUCUUAA